AUGCCGACCGAGCACCGCAUCAAAACCCUCAAGCUUCGGCAGAAGAGCAUCAUCACUUCCUUCACGCUUAUCAAGACCUUCGUCGACGAUUAUGAUGAAGAAACCCAGGUCGACGAAGUCCCUGUCCGGUUGGAACAUCUAUCUAAGCUAUGGACCGAGUACAACACUGUCCAAAGCGAGCUGGAAACCUUAGACGACGAAGCCCUAGAAACCCACCUUCAAGAUCGGGCCACUAUCGAGUCUGCCUACUAUCGCAUCAAGGGCUUCCUACUGGCGCACAACAAGGCUGAACUCAAUCAGAGCACCUUCAACACUUCACAUUUCGAGGCGCGACCACCUCCGUCGGCAUCGCAAGUCCGAUUACCCGAUGUCAAGUUACCAGUCUUUGAUGGACAACUGGAGAACUGGUUGAACUUCCACGAUUUGUUCCUAUCCCUUGUCCAUUCAUCCGCCGACCUUUCGAACAUACAAAAGUUCUACUAUCUGCGGUCAUCGCUAUCGAACGCAGCUCUACAGCUCAUCCAGACGAUCCCCAUUAGUGCCAAGAACUACCCGGUGGCAUGGAACCUACUGCUUGACCAUUUCCAAAACACCGCACGGCUCAAGCAAUCGUACGUAGACAACCUCUUCGAAUUUGCCACGCUGAAACGGGAAUCGUCCGCAGAACUGCACAACCUGGUGGAAAAGUUCGAGGCAAAUGUUAAAGUUCUGCAGCAACUAGGUGAGCGAACGGACCAUUGGGAUCUUCUACUAAUCCGCAUGCUCAGCAGUCGUCUCGACCCGACGACCAGAAGAGACUGGGAAGAGCACUCUUCGUCCCAGCAAGCUGUCACCUUCAAGGAUCUAACGUCGUUCAUUCAGCGACGUGUAACCGUUCUCCAGUCAAUACAUCCAAAACCAAUCGAAUCUCCACUGCCACACCAAGCGAAAAAACUCUCUCAACGACCCGUCGCGAGCAUCGCAGCGAGCCAAGCGAAUCAACGUAGCUGUAUAAUCUGCACAGAUCACCACCCACUCUAUCUAUGCGAACGCUUCUCCAACCUUUCGAUCACCGACAAAGAAGCCGAAGUCGACCGUCAUCAGCUCUGCCGAAACUGUCUGCGAAAGGGACACCAAUCAUCCGACUGCCUAUCAUCUUCAACCUGUCGCUGGUGUCGUGAGCGACAUCACACGCAGCUAUGCGCGAAUUCAUCUGCAUCGAAUGAAUCCAAACCUGCAAGCCACCAGCAACCGAAUCCUACGACUCUUCCUUCCACAAGCGACACACCGAUCACCUCAGCCACAGCUUCAAUGGAAACCGCAAUCAGCUGUGCAUCUGUUGGUCCCGCACAAUCAACCAUUCUUCUGGCCACCGCAGUCAUCUCCAUCAUCGACGACAACGGCACCGAACACGUCGGCCGAGCACUUCUCGACUCGGGAAGCGAAUGCUGUUUCGUUACAGAACGCUUCUCGGAACACAUCAGCGCGCCACGGAAAAGGAUCUCCCAACCCAUCACUGGAAUCGGCCAAGAAUCAACCCAAGCGAAAACCAAGUUCCUUGCACAGAUCCGUUCAAGAGUUGGCAAAUACUCCACCAACAUUGAGUUUCUGGUUUUACCAAAAGUCACGAUUGACCUGCCAGCGACAACGAUCGACACCUCGUCUUGGACACUACCACCAGGAAUCAAAUUAGCUGACCCAUCGUUCGCCAGCACCGGCACGGUAGACAUAAUCAUCGGAGCUGAGAUCUUCUUCGAGCUAUUCAAGAUCCCGGGAAGAAUUCCCCUCGGAAAUAACCUGCCCGUGCUUGUCAACUCGGCAUUUGGCUGGGUCGUGUGCGGAAAAGCAACUAACAGUCUUAAGCCCAUCGUCGCUCAUCUAGCAUUCAAAGAUAUUUAA